ACAGCUGUUGGCUCCCAGCUCCCAGGUGAACCACUGAAGCAGGCAGACAGGAUGGGUUCUUGAUAGUGGGCAAAGGGGGAAAGGAACAAGGGAGAGUCCAUGGUGAUGGUGGGUCUUUCUGCCUUCUGGCCCUCCUGGCUGGGUUCUGGGAUAGCAACAGGCCCAGGGAAGCCCCUGAUACUAAGCUGGAUGAAGAACUGGAUUUGCCCAUCGCUAAACACACAGUUAAGCUGGUUCUGAGUCCAGGUCCACGGUUCUGGACUGCGUGCCAGUAACUGAGGUCUAACUGGACAUCUGUCAACUGGGGCAUUGGGUAAUUCACCGAGUGAGCCCUAGUAGGGCAGUGGACAGAUCCUGGAACCACAGAACCUGGAUUCAAACCCCAUCUGUGCUAUUGACUGCAUGUGCCUGCUGGGGAAGACCUUGCGCCCUCUCGGAGCCCAUUUCCACAAAUGUAAAAUGAGAGGUUUGGACUAGGCGGUCUCUAAGAUCCUUUCCAGCUCUAAAUCUACCGCUGGGUUUGAAUCCUGACCCUGACACUUCUGAUGUGUAAGGACUUCGAUAUUCUCCAGGCCUCUGGGCGAGGCUCCUCAAUCCUCCUCCCAACCCUUGGUCCAGCAAGGAGCAGCUGCAGGUCAUCAUGUCCGGAAUCAAACGAACGCUCAAAGAAAAUGACCCCGACUAUGAGGACAUUUCUGUGGCGCCCCCAAACAAACGGCAUCGAGCCAUGGAGGAUUCAGCUCGAGAUGCUGCUGUGCAGAAGAUCGAAACGAUUAUUAAGGAGCAGUUUGCUGUUGAAAUGAAGAACAAGGAGCAUGAAAUUGAAGUCAUAGAUCAGCGACUGAUUGAGGCCCGGAGAAUGAUGGAUAAACUUCGAGCUUGCAUAGUGGCAAACUACUACGCUUCUGCUGGUCUUUUCAAAGCUUCGGAGGGAUCAAAGACCUGUGACACCAUGGUUUUUAAUCAUCCUGCUAUCAAGAAAUUUUUGGAAUCGCCAUCAAGGUCAUCAUCUCCUGCUAAUCAGAGAUCAGAAACGCCAUCUCUUAACUAUUCAGAAAGUGAUUCUUUAUCUCAACACAAUGACUUCUUAUCUGACAAAGACAAUAGCAGCAACCUGGACCUGGAGGAGAGAUUGUCCAACAGUAUGGAGCCUCUGAGGCCUGGCAGAAAUACAGUGCGGGACCCCAGUGGUGGAGCCAGUUCCCGGAAAACAAACCAGCAGAAUUCUGAUCUCACUUCAGAAGAAGUUUCACGACUUUUUGUGAAGAAAACCAUAGUAGUUGGCAAUGUGUCGAAGUACAUUCCGCCUGAUAAAAGAGAAGACAAUGACCAGUCAACUCACAAGUGGAUGGUGUAUGUGCGGGGCUCCCGGAGAGAGCCCAGCAUCAAUCACUUUGUGAAGAAAGUGUGGUUCUUUCUGCAUCCCAGCUAUAAACCAAAUGACCUGGUGGAAGUUCGAGAGCCUCCUUUCCACCUGACCAGGAGAGGUUGGGGUGAAUUUCCAGUCAGAGUUCAAGUUCACUUUAAGGACAACCAGAACAAGCGGAUAGAUAUCAUCCAUAACCUGAAGCUGGACAGAACUUACACUGGCCUGCAGACUCUAGGUGCUGAGACGGUGGUGGAUGUUGAGCUCCAUCGGCAUUCCCUUGGAGAAGACCACCUUUAUCCUCAGUCCUCAGAGUCCGAUGUCUCCGAUGCCCCUUCAUCUUUGCCUUUGCCCAUGCCAGCCCCAGUGAAAGCUGCUUCUCCUAGAAAACCUUCACAUGAGCCUAUGCCUGAUGUUGCUGUGGAGAAAGGUUUUCAAGCAAAAACUGAAGCUGACAGACCCACAGCAUUUUACUCUUUGCCAUCCUCAGUGGAACGUACACCCACAAAAUUGGUAUCAUCGCAGAGGGUAACCUUUGGCUCUCAUGGUAAUUCAGCAUUCCAGCCAAUAGCAGCCAGUUGCAAAAUUGUGCCGCAAGGUCAAGUUCCAAAUCCUGAGUCUCCUGGAAAAUCUUUUCAGCCGAUCACUAUGAGCUGCAAAAUUGUCUCAGGUUCCCCAAUCUCUACUCCGAGUCCAUCUCCUUUACCUCGGACCCCACCUUCCACUCCAGUUCACAUGAAGCAAGGGACCGUCAACUCUGUUAUUAAUAAUCCUUACGUUCUCCCGGACAAGCCUGGGCAGGUCAUUGGAGCCACAGCUCCCAGUGCAGGAAGCCCCACCAGCAAGUCGUCCAGUGCUUCUCAGACUGCCCACGGAACAGGGUCUCCCAUUCCUAAGAUCCACGGAAGUAGCUUCGUCACUUCGACAGUCAAGCAGGAGGACUCCUUGUUUGCGUCUAUGCCUCCUCUUUGCCCGAUUGGGAGUCACUCCAAGGUGCAGAGCCCUAAACCUGUCACCGGAGGCCUCGGAGCUUUCACCAAGGUGAUCAUCAAGCAGGAGCCUGGAGAAGCCCCCCACAUGCCCACCUCAGGAGCCCCCUCCCAGCCGCCUCUUCCCCAGUAUGUGACGGUGAAAGGGGGUCACAUGAUAGCUGUGUCCCCGCAGAAACAGGUCAUGGCUGCAGGAGACGGGACUGCUCAGUCACCAAAGGUGGUUGGUGUGCCAGUCGGGUCUGCUUUGCAGUCCACAGUGAAGCAGGCCAUGGCGAUCAGUGGUGGGCAGAUCCUGGUGGCCAAGGCCAGCUCCGCCGUUGCCAAGGCCGUUGCUCCAAAGCAAGUUGUGACCCAAGGAGUUGCCAAAGCGAUUGUGAGUGGAGGUGGCGGAACCAUCGUUGCUCAGCCUGUGCAGACCUUAACCAAGGCUCAGGUCACUUCCACUGGGACCCCAAAAAGUGGAUCCCAGGGCUCAGUGAUGGCUACUUUGCAGCUGCCUGCCACCAAUCUGGCCAACUUGGCAAAUUUACCUCCUGGCACCAAACUGUACCUCACAACAAACAGCAAGAACCCUUCUGGAAAAGGAAAACUUCUGCUCAUCCCUCAAGGGGCCAUCCUGCGAGCCACACACAAUGCUAACCUCCAGGGAGGAGCUUCCGCAGCUGGAGGCAGCAGUGGGGGUGCCGGAACGCAGGGUGCAACCCCAGGAGGGGUGUCCCCGCAUGUGACCUACACAUCCUACAUCCUCAAGCAGACUCCGCAGGGCACAUUUUUGGUUGGCCAGCCAUCCCCUCAGAGUUCAGGAAAGCAGUUAGCGACUGGAUCCGUGGUUCAGGGCAAUUUGGGAGUCAGUGCAUCCUCCACUCAAGGACAGCAAGCAUUAAAAGUCAUAUCUGGGCAAAAAACAGCUUUGUUCACCCAGGCAAACCCUGGUGGGCAGGCGUCUGUGAUGAAAAUAUCUGAUGGCUCCUUGAAGUCUGUGCCGGCCACCGCCCCACUCUCCAAGCCCGGGACCACCGUUCUGAGAGUUGCAGGUGGCGUGAUCACUACUGCCACCUCCCCAGCUGUCUCUCUCUCUGCCAAUGGAGUUGUACAGCAGUCAGAAGGAGCAGCUUCCAGCUCAGCAGUGGGACCUGGUGGGAAAGCUUGUGGGCAGCAGUCACUGUGUGUGACUCCAGCCCCGGCAGGGCCCACAGGAGCCAACAGAACCGGCGCCUCGGCUGUCAUCAGCACCACGUCUCUGAUGUCCACAGCGACCCCUGUCUCUGGCAAGACCGCUGUCUCGGGCCUGUUAAAGAUCCACUCCAACCAGUCCAGUCCUCAGCAGGCUGUCCUGACUAUACCCAGCCAGCUCAAACCACUCAGUGUGAAUGCUGCAUCUGGAGGCAUCCAGACCAUCCUGAUGCCCAUGAAUAAAGUAGUUCAGUCAUUGUCUGCCAACAAGACACCUGCCAUGCCCUCCGUGGUCGCCCCCAGCGUGGCGCCUGUCAGCUCUACUUCAACCACUGUUACUAAAGUGAAGGUAGAGCCAGAAACACCAGGACCAAAUGGUCUCACUUUGGUGUCCCAGGAAGUGCAGACGGAAGUGAAGACGGAAGAAAGUACUGAACUGGGGAGCUAUGCAAUCAACAUAGAACAUUUAGAAAAUACCCAACAGCUUCUAACAGCAAUAGUAAAGAAGAUCCCGUUAAUCACUAAAAAGGGUGAAGAUGCCAAUUGUUUCUGUGCAAGUUCUGUGGAGCAGUAUUAUAGUUGGAACAUUGGGAAACGGAGGGCAGCAGAGUGGCAACGAGCAAUGACAAUGAGAAAAGUCUUACAAGAAAUUCUGGAGAAGAACCCCAGGUUUCACAAUGUGACGCCCCUCAAAACCAAGCACAUUGUCCAUUGGUGUCGUUGCCACGGUUACACUCCACCAGACCCAGAGAGCUUGAGAAAUGAUGGUGAUUCCAUCGAGGACGUACUGACGCAGAUAGACAGUGAGCCAGAGUGUCCAUCCUCCUUCACCACCGCUGAUGAUCUCUGCCGAAGACUGGAAGAACUGCAGCAGUUUCAGAAGAGAGAGCCAGAGAACGACGAGGAGGUGGACAUUCUGAGUGUCACCGAGCCCCUGAAAGCAAACAUCAAGAAAGAACGGGAAGAGAAGCAGGCUGGAGUGAAGUUCUAUUUGGAAGCCCUGCCCACGUCCGAGUUUGUCAGUGACACGGCACAAAAGAUCGGCAUCACCCUCCAGCCUGUGGAACUUCACAAGAACACCUAUGCGUCUGUUGUUGAAGAUAUGAUUCUAAAGGCGACAGAGCAGCUAGUGAGUGACAUCCUGAGACAGGCUCUGGCUGUUGGGUACCAGACAGCAUCUCACAGCAGGACUCCAAGAGAAAUCACAGUGAUGAAUAUUCACCAGGCCAUCUGCAAUAUUCCUUUUCUUGAUUUUCUCACUAACAAACAUAUGGGAGUAUUAAGUAAGGAGCAGUAAACUGAAGAGGCCCCCAGAAAAGUAGGAUGGUGUGAAGACUCAGCCAAAGCAUGUGAGCUGACCACAACCUGAGCGCUGGGGUCCAUUAAGUGAAAUAGGGAGCGGGUCAGCGUACUCUUUCCACUUGGAUUUAAGUGGUCCAUCUGAAAACUCCAGAGUAAGGGAGCCCCAAAACUGGGAUGGCUGGAAGUGUAUCCGGUUUUCCUAGGACGGCCCUGAUUUAUUUCCACUGCACCUCCGUGGGAGCCUCCAGUGCUUGUGCAGGGCUUCUGGGGCUGCUUGCACAAUCAGCACCACCAGUGGUCUCUGAGGUUACUGGCAGCUCCCCCUGUUGUCUUGCAAGAAGAAUUGUCCCAGAAGUGACACGUGGAAAGCUGCGGUGGAGGUGACAGUGGCAGCGUUGACCUGCCUUGUUGUGGAGAGACAGCUGCCCUGCCGGGACCUCCCCACGUGGUUGUUGGGACCCUGAGCUGAGUCUGACUGGCUGCAGCAAUCAGAUCUGUGGGAGAGAACGGAGCCGCCGGGGAGAAGCACAGCUGGCUGGCUACCCCCGGUGUGGCCUGGCGCUUAGGAGGCACCAGCCAUUCUCUCCAAGAAGACUCUGGCGCAUGGGCAGGAAGAAGCUUGAACAUUCCAAUCAUGCACUUAACUGGAUGGGAAUUAACAGCAGCCAGAAGCCUCGGGCCUGAGGAGAAGGCAGAAGCCGCUCGGACCAUCGUGUGUGGGCGCCUCCACCGGCUCCCUUGCAUGCAGCCGUGGGCUCACCCUUUUGCCACGUGCACCUUGUCUGCAAGCAGCUGUCUACAGCGUGGCGCGUGCCGAUGGACUUGCUUGAAAGCUGUUUAUUCUUAGGCAAAACUCCCGAUGAAGGCCCAAGGAAAGGAUUCCUGCAUUGGUUGGGAGACUGAAGGAGGCGUCACGGUCCCCCUCCAUCUCUACGAGCUCUCAGACCUGUUCAGACAGAUCUGUUGGGGAGCUCACUUCGCAGAAAAAAGAAAUCAUGCAGAGAUAGAUAGACCUGCAUGUGUUUGUUCAGUGGAGGAAGACAGAGAAGCCCCUCAGCUGUGAGCAGAGGCAUCAGAACACACAGAUGAUGAGAAGAGCGAAGUCCACGGAAGCCAAGCGAAUGAGGAAGAGCUUUUAUUCAGCAGCAGGUGCCCAGGGCACGCGGCAGACAUCAGAUUCCAUUGAUCUCCUCCCACCGUCCAUCUGCGAUACAGAACCGAGAGGCAUCUGACAGCCGUCAGGAGGAACUGGUCAGCAUAGACCCCGGAGGAAAACUCGGAGCCCUUGGUGUCUUAUAUGGUCAGAAGUAAGGGCUCACCCAGACAGCCCCAGCUGGUGUUCUGAGUCAAGGGAAGGUGUGAAGUAUGUCCCAAAGGGAGAAUUAAGUGAGGGGCCCAUCUGAUCGUAACAGUCUUGCUGGAAUGUGAGAUUCAUCCAUCUGGGAAAGAGGAGAAAGCUGUUUGGUGCAGUGCAUGGCAUGCUCAGAACACAAAUACCAGUCAUUUAACUUGCAAAGACUUGGAAUGUUUGGACAGUUAAGUGAACCCCUAGAGCAUUUGAGAAUAGCAGGCAUAUGUUUGGAUUAAAAAGGAAGUUUUCUCUAGAAUCUUUAAAAUCUAAGAUCUGGAGGGAAAGGAUGCAGUUGGUCCAUGGCUGACCCAAAGGAAAGCAAGUUCUUUCACUAUGAGUGGAAACAUAUAAUAAACAACUUUUCAGCAAAGGAAAUAUUAAAUAUUAAAAGAUCUCCUUGUGUGUUAAGAUUCCCAGUGUAUUUGUAUGAUAAUGUGUAACAUAACUGUGUAAUACACAUGGCUACAAUAAAUUUUCUUUUAUUAGUUGUGA